AUGCCAGGGAAGGACAGGGCAGCGGCGAGCGGCAGCGCCUCCGCACGCGACGCGGCGCUCGUCGAGUUUGCGCAGCGCCUUGUGGACAAGUACCUCCUUGGCGCGGCGACGACAUCUUCCGACGAUGUCUUUCGCGCCAUCAAGAUCCUCUCGAGCUUCGCCACGCAGUACCCGCAGGCGUUCGGGUACGGCGAGCCGGCGCGCGCCGGCCACGCUGUCCUUGGACUGCUCGAGCAGCUCCCUCGCGUCGCCACGCCCAAGCAGGGAGAGCUGGUCCAGCACGCUCUCCGCACGCUGCUGCUGCUGCUCCGUGCGGCGGACGCGCGCGCGUUCGCGACGCUCGGAGGCGAGGUGGUGCAGCUUCUGGCGGCGCCGGCCGGCGCCGACGAACCCGCCCCGGCCCUCCGUUUCCCCGGCUUCUCGGACGCGUGCGGGCUCUCGGCGCCUGCGGGUGGGCGCGAGGCAGCCAGCGGCGGCGGCGCGGUGCGGCGAGGGCUGCUGCAGCUGGCGGCGGCGAUGCACGCGGACGCGCCGCAGUUCCUCGGCGACGGGGGUCCCGCCCUCUGGGCCGCCCUCCACGCCGAGCUCGAGGCCGCCUCCUCCGCGCCAGACGCGGCGGCGGCGCGGGCGGUAGGCGUUGAGGAGGCGGUUGCGGCUCUGCGCACGCUGCUGCGUCAGCACCCUGCUCCGCCGCCGGUGCGGUACAGGCUGCUGCACACGCUCCUCCCGCUACUCUGCCUGGGGCUCACGCCCGCGUCACAGGACGGCGCGGCGUCGGCGGACGCGGCGAGAGGCGAGGCUGGCGGCGGCGGCGGCGGUGAUGGCGGCGGCGGCGAUGCAUUGUGGAGGGGUGCGAUGGGCGAGGCGAUCGGGGAGUGCCUGUCGCUCAUCGGCGUGGACGGGCUGCCGCCUCUCCCCUCGCUGGGCGAGCUGCUUACGGUGACACCGUUCGCACUCUCGGCGCUCGACGCGCCGACUUCGGCCCCGCCCUCGGCGCCACCCCGCUCGCCGCCCCGCCCGGCGCCCUGCGCGCUGGCCUCGGCGCUGUGCCGGCUCUGGCGUGCGCUGCCGCGGGCUGUGCUGACGAGGCACGUCCUCUCGCUCGAGCCCUUCCUCGGCGCGGCCUCGGCGCAGCGCCUCGUCCUGCCUUGCCUCGAAGCCGCCCUACUCCCGCCCCCCGCCUACGACCCUGCUGCCGCCGCCGCCCUCCCUGCUUUCACCACAGCCGCGCCCCUCCCCGCGGCCGUCGUCCCCGCCGCCGCCCCCGACGUCCUCAUGCUGCCCGUCGCCGCCGAGGCCUCCGGCGCCGCGGCCACGGAGGGCGGCGAGCCCACGCAGAGAGAUGGCGGGCUGGCGAGAGGUGGCUUGGCGAGGGAGUCAAGAGAGGGCCGGAGGGGCAGGGCGGCAGGGAGGGCGGGCGGGCUGAGGCGGAGCCGCGAGGCGGAGAGCGGGGAGGCGCGGCCCUCGCCGAGCCCGCGCCCCGGCUCCGCUGCGGCGCUCGCCUCGCCGCGAGGACACGGCGGCGCGAAGCGGCAGCGGAGGGCAGAGCACCCCUGGCCAGAGGAGGACGCCUCCGCCCUCCCAAGCGGGGGGCAGCCGACCUCGCACGACGGCGCCUCGGUCGUCCGCCGUCGGCUGGUCGAGAUCUCGGACGCAGUCUGGCUGCCCGACGCCGCGCGAGCCAUCCCCGCCCCCGCCCGGCCUGGCGCCGACGCCGACGCCGACGCCGACGCUGCCGAUGCCGUCGGCGGCGGCUCGGCCGGAAGGGAGGGCGGCGCGGUGGCUGCUUUCCGGCGGCUGAGCGGCGUCGCGCUCGUGCUGCUGCGCGCCUCCAGCUCGGCCGAGGCGGAGGCCGCCCGCAGCGCCGUUCUCCGCCGCGUCGGGGAGGCGUCCGGGCUGGCGCUCGACUGGGUGGUGGGGCUGGUGCGCUCGCGCGGCGCGGCGCUGCAGGCGGCGCAGGCGGCGGUGCGGCGGGAGCGGGAGGGAAUUGGGCGCGAGGGGGCUGUGCAGGAGUGGGAGGACCGCGUGCGGGGUUGCGCGGCACCCGGCCAAGAGGGGGCGGAGGCUGCGGCGGCGGCGGCGGCGGCGGCGGCUCGCGGCUGGGAGGAGCCGACGGCGCUCCUUCGCGUCGCCAUCGACCUGGUCCGCGAGAUUUGCGCGCCGGUGCCGCCGCCGCGCUCGCGGGCUGCGGCUGAGCUGCUCGCGGUGCAGGCGGUGCGGUUGGCGACGCUGCCGUGGGAGGUGGCGCGAGAGGAGGCGUCGCGAGGCGGGGCUUCGCCCGCCGUGCGCGGCGUCGGCGGCGGCGGAGGAGGAGGAGGCGGCGGCGGCGACGGCGCCACGUGCGAGCGGGAGCGGCGUGCUAGGCGGUGGAGCGCAAAGUUCGAGCCGCGGCUGCGCUGCGAGGCGCUGGCAGUGCUGAUGCGCUUCGGAGGCGCGCUGCCCCCAACCGGCGGCGGCGCCUGCCCCGCCGCCCUUGGCGAGGCCUUCGAUCUGCGGCCGGCAUGCGUGCGAGCGGUCAUCGGCGGCGCUGCGGCGCAGUUCCAGGGCGCCGCGGCGAGGGGUGGCGAGGAGGAGGAAGGUUGGUCCGAGGCGGCGGGCGAGGCGGACGUGGUUUGCGCGGCGCUGCGGGCGCUACCGCUCCUCGAGCAGACGGCCGCAGCCGACGGAGGCGGCGGCGAGGAGGCGGCACGCGGUCGGCGCGAGGGCUGGACGAGAGGCGGGGCGGCUCGCGGCUGCUGCGAGGCGGCCCUCGGCCUUCUCUCGGCCCUCUGCGCGCCGGCCGCCGCCGGGCGUGCCGACGGCGCCGGAGAGAGAGGCCUCGAGGCGGAGAGGUCCCGCGUGGCGGCGGCCCUCUGCAAGAGCCUAGGCUUGCGCUCGCGCUGUCUGCUCGCCUGCGUCCGGGCGGGGUGCUUCGCCGCUGGGCCGCGAGGCGGCCUCAGCUGCGAGGUGUGCGACGGAGGCGGCGAGGGCGGCGGGUCGGUGGACGAGCUUCCUUCGGAGCUCGCCCUCGUCCCGUUGGGUCGGGACCCUCCCGCGGGCUGGGGCGGGCCACCGCGCCGCCGGCACGGGCCGCGGUGGAGGGAGGGAGAGGAGGGGCUCUACUCGGCGCUGCCGCUGCUCUGGGCGCUCCUCUCCAGCUUGCCGGCCGGGCACGGCGGCACGCGCGCGGCGGUCGUGCGCUGCCUCGGCCGGCUCGGGCAGCACGCGCACGCGACCACCCUGGCAGCGCAGCGCGGCGUGAUGCAGUCGAUCAUCGCGCUGCUCGCCGAUCCGUCCGCCGAAGUGGCCACCGCCUGCUCGGUCGUGCUGCCUCGGCUGCUCGGCUCGGCCUCCUUCGUGCGCGUGGUCGGCCUGAAUGAGGCGCCGUGCGAGGAGGCGGAGGCGGAGGCGGCGGUCGUCGACGGGCAAUUGCUGCACGACACGGUCAUCGCGCCGAUGGUGUCGAUGCUCUUGGAGCCAGCCAGCGCUUCCGACGCCGCCGACCGACCGCCGCACUUCCGACUCGCUCUGAUGGCGGCACUCGGCGCGAUCGGUCGCGAGUCGCUGUACGCGCACGCUUGCUGCCGCGGCGCGGUCGUGCUGGCCCUCUCGGCGCACCUCGGCCGCGACGAGCUCUCUCAGGAGUACGGCUGCGCGAUGCGCGAGCUGCGCUCCCUCGCCGCCCAGUGCGGCCGCGAGGGCUACAUUGCGGAGGGGACGACCGAGGCGCUCUGCCGCGCGCUCUCGCCUCAGCUGGCGGCGGAGUGGGCUUGGUGGCUUGUGGAGCGGCCGGAGCUGCUCGAGCCGACGGCGCACAAGCUGCUCGACACGUCGGUCAACGAGAUGCUCGAGCUGGCGCUGCCGCACGCGCUGCCAAGUAUCACCCUGCUCGGCGGCCUGGCGCAGAGAGGGGUGCACCGGAGGGGCGAGCGGGGCAGACAGGCGGGGGAGGCGUUGCGGCAGCUCGCGCAGCGGCUCGACCACUCGGAGGCGUGGCUGCUGAUCCAGCACAUGCACCUCAUCCUCGCGGAGCUCUUCGUGCAGCAGGCCUCCGACGACACGGGCGACCUCAACGACGCGAUCCCCGGCGGCCUCGACUUCAUGGUGUCUCGCGGCGUCGACUCGUCCCAGUCCCUCUCUGACAUGAUCGGCAUGUGCGCCGAGCAGCUGCUGCAGGAGAUGGUGCUGCGUCUCGGCCGCGCCUCGGGCGAGCGCGAGCGAGGCGUGCUGCUGCUCGCGCUCAACUUGCUCAUCCCAGUCGGGCUGCAGGCUGGCACGCUCGAGGACGGCCCCGUCUCGUGCUCGGCACUCGGGGUCGGAUCGGCGCUCAACUCCGCCGGCCUCGUCGGCACCAACGCGCAGCUGCAGGCGUACAUCGACGCCAACUUCCACAUGAUUGUGCAGUUCCUGCGCGACCGGCUCACCUCGCCCACGCGCAGCCUCGCCGACAAGCGCGAGGCGCUGCACGGGCUGGCGCAGGUGCUGUACAUCAUGCGCGGCGGCGAGCUGUCGCACUCGUGGUGGGGCGAGACGGUGGCGACGCUCAAGCAGCGUCGCCUCCAGUCGCAGGCGCUCGGCGUGCUCGACCAGUUUGUGCGGCUGCUCGACCCGGAGCUGCUCGCGCGCGGGCUGACGCCUCUCUUCCUGAUGGCGCUGCCAUGCCUCUCCGAGCACGCGGCGCAGGUGGUGCCCAUCCUCGAGGCUCUCGUCGUGGAGCCGCACGAGGCGGGCAACGUCUCCGAGGCCCUCGCCCGCGCACUGUCCGAGCUCGUCUUUGUACCAGACCACCCCGCGUUGCGCCGCGUCAAGGCCACCCUCUCGAGCAGCUACAGCAGCACGUCGGGCUUGCGGCCGCGACUGAGCGGCUGCUUGCGCGGGUUGCAGCACGAGUCUGGCGACGUGCGGCUCAUGGCGCUCGGCCAGCUUCUCGACGAGCUGCGGGGGGCGGCGAGGGCCGAGGCCGGCGCCCUCGUCGCCUCGAGCGACCCCUCCGACUGCCAGCUCGUCUCCGACCUCCUCGACGCCCUCCUCGCCUGCCUGCGCCACUCGGCCGCCAACGGCGGCGCCUCCGCCUCCUCCGACCCCUCCGCCGGCGCGCUGCAGCCGGCGCGCGACGCGCGCCUCUCGCGCGCCGCCGAUCUCGCCUCGCAGUGCCUCGGCGAGCUCGGCGCGAUCGACCCGUGGAGGCGGGCGCAGGCGCGGGCGGACGGUGCGGACGGCACAGCCGGCCGGUCUGUGGGGGACGCGUCGCUCGGCCGCGCCGCGCACUCGUCGGAGCUGUACAAGGGCGACAUCUCUGACACGGAGCUGUGCGCGCGGCUGAUGGAGGACCACCUCGUGCGCGCCCUUCGCGACGCCGCCGAGGGGCAGGUGGUGCAGGCCUCCGCCUACGCCCUCGGAGUGCUGCUGCGGCGCGUCUGCGACUGCUCCGCCGAGACGCCGACCCGCUACCAGGUGCGCGUGCGAAUCUCCCCCCCCCCCCGCCCCCGCCCCGCGCCCACGGCACCCCUCACCCUCGCCCUCACCCUCACCCUCACCCUCACCCUCACCCUCACCCUCACCCUCACCCUCGCCCUCACCCUCACCCUCGCCCUCGCCCUCGCCCUCACCCUCACCCUCACCCUCACCCUCACCCUCACCCUCACCCUCGCCCUCACCCUCGCCCUCACCCUCGCCCUCACCCUCACCCUCACCCUCACCCUCACCCUCACCCUCACCCUCGCCCUCACCCUCACCCUCACCCUCGCCCUCGCCCUCGCCCUCGCCCUCGCCCUCGCCCUCGCCCUCACCCUCGCCCUCGCCCUCACCCUCACCCUCACCCUCACCCUCACCCUCACCCUCACCCUCACCCUCACCCUCACCCUCACCCUCACCCUCACCCUCACCCUCACCCUCACCCUCACCCUCACCCUCACCCUCGCCCUCACCCUCACCCUCGCCCUCGCCCUCGCCCUCACCCUCACCCUCACCCUCACCCUCACCCUCACCCUCACCCUCACCCUCACCCUCACCCUCACCCUCACCCUCACCCUCGCCCUCACCCUCGCCCUCACCCUCGCCCUCACCCUCACCCUCACCCUCACCCUCACCCUCACCCUCACCCUCACCCUCACCCUCGCCCUCGCCCUCACCCUCACCCUCGCCCUCGCCCUCGCCCUCGCCCUCACCCUCACCCUCACCCUCACCCUCACCCUCACCCUCGCCCUCUCCCUCACCCAGGCGCGCGGGUCGCUCGCAAACCGCCCGCCCGAGCCGUCGCCCCUCUUCCGGGGCGGCGUGCGCUACUCGGAGUGGCUCGUGCGCUGGUGCAAGCAGCUGCUCGCGCACGCGGCGCGCCACCGCAGGGACUACGGCGAGGGCGAGGCCGAGCGGGCGCCGCGCCGCCUCACCGAAGAGCAGCGUGGCCUCCGGCGCCGCGCCGACCUGCUGCUCGCCUGCGAGCCGUGCGUCCGCUUCGACCCGCAGCUCGCGCUGCAGCUGCUGCCGUACCUCGUCCUCUUCCUGCUCGCCGCUGAGGAGGACGCCGCCGCCGCCGCCGGGUCCGCCGCCGCCGCCGCCAGCAGCUGGACUGGGGGCAUCGGCUCGGAGCUGCUCGUGGAGGUUGGUGCGGUGGUGUCCCACCGGUCCGGCGGGGCGGGAGGAGGAGUCUCCGCGCCGCGGCUGAUGCACUCGGAGCACCCGCUCUGCUGCCAGGCCGUCUUCUCCCUCCUCGAGGGUCUGCUCGACUGGUCGAACCAGUGCCGCGCCCAGCUCUCCGCGGCACAGGGCAGCGCCUCCCUCCGCGCCAAGCAGCGGAUCGACAGCUUCCUGCGCCGGCUGCCCGCGAUGCAGCUCGCGCGCUGCGCCCUCGAGCACGCGGACGAGCUCCAGCCGCCCUCGCCGGCGCACUUCCUCCACCCGAACCGCGAGGUCCGCAAGCUGCCCGCAGAGGUGCUCGAGCACGAGAUCAACGGCCGCUUCGGGGCGGCGCUGAGCGGCUACCAGAUCAUGCUGCAGCCGGGGGCGCUGCAGCAGCCCGCCGCGGCGGAGGGCGCUCUUGGCGUGCCCGGCGCCGCCCCCGCCGCCUCGACCCCGGCGACUUCGCGGCUGGAGGCGCAGCUCGGGCUCUGCCGCUGCCUGCGGCUGCUCGGCCUGUCGUCGCAGAUGAAGGACUGCGCCGAGGGCGCGCUCAAGCGGUGGGGGCGCGAGGCGGAGCGGCUGAGGCUCGGCGCAUGCGCGCUCGGCGCCGCGUGGCGGCUGCGUGAGUGGGGCGAGGUCUCGCGUCUCUCUGCCGAGGCGCGGUACGUCUCUCGAGAGGGCUGGCAGUCGACGGGCUGCGCGGAGGCGCUGUACGAGUUCGAGCUCGCCCGUGCCCUGCUCGCCCUCCGCAACGGCGAGACGGCAGCCGUGGCGCCGCACUGCGACUCCGCGCGCGCCGCCCUCGUCCCGCUGCUCGCGGCGGCGUCGAUGGAGUCGUACGCGCACACGUACUCCUUCCUGGUCAGGCUGCAGGUGCUGCAGGAGCUGCAGGCGGCGGUGCCGCUGCUGAGCCGGCUCGAGCCCCCGGACGGGAGCCCGCUGCGCAUCGACGCGGCCGCCGAGGCGGCACUCGAGGAGACGCUCGGCCAGUGGGACGCGCGCGCCGCCUCGAUGUCGAGCUCGAUCCAGGCCCUCGAGCCCGUGAUCGCGCUGCGCGUCUGCCUCGGCCACGAGCUCCUCGCGCGGCUCGACGGCUUCGGCGAGGCGCCACCAAGCCAGGCGGCCGCCGCGGGCAGGCUGCGCGGCGAGCUCCACCGCAAGCUGGGCGGCUGCUGGCUGCGGCUCGCAAAGUCGGCGCGGGCGGCGGGCAACACCGAGUCGGCAGGCAACGCGCUCGCGCAGGCGCGCCUCCACGACUCGACUCUCGCCACCGUGGAGGUGCCUGCAAAGACGCCGGGUGCGAUGAGCUGCCCCUCGAAGCGGAUCGUCGGCGGCAAGGAGAAGGCGCGCAAGAAGUUCGACGCGCACGCCGCCCACCUCGGCCCCAUCAUCCGCUCGUACGGCCAAGCGCUGCGGCGAGGCUCGAUGCAUGCCCCGUCGGCGCUGCCGCGCGUCGUCACUCUCUGGCUCGACUACGCCGACCAGCUGGCGCGGGUGGAGGCAGGCGAGCUGCCCGCGGCCGAGGCGCAGCACAACGUGCGCGCGCCCGAGGACGCGAUGGCAGAGCUCGCCCAGGCGGAGCUGAUCAAGGGCCUGCCGCUGCGCUCGUGGCUGCCGUGCGUCGCUCAGCUCGUCUCGCGGACCUGCCACCGGCACCAACGCACGCGCGACAUGCUGCUGCUCCUCCUAUCGCGCCUCCUCGCCGAGUACCCGCAGCAGCUUGUGUGGGCCGUGAUGCCAGUCUCCGAGCGGAAGCAGACCGGCGAGAAGAUUGUGACGGCGGCGAAGCAGCGCCUGCUCGGCACGCUUGCGCCCAGAGGCGGCCCUGCCUGCCGCACGCCGAUCUUGGAGGUGCUCCGCUCGUCGCACAAGCUGAUCGAGCAGCUGCGCAAGGUGUGCAACGACGAGGCGAUCGACAAGGCGAUCAAGAAGGUCUCGCUCAAGACGCGCUGGCCGGCGCUGCACCGCAUGACGAAUUUGUCGCUCGUCGUCCCGCUGUACAGCAACCUAACGCCGGCGGAGGUCGACGGGGGCGGCGCGGCGGGAAGUCCCUUCUCUCCGAACGCGCCGACCAUCGCGAGCUGGGGCAACCUCGUCGGGGAAGGGGUGAUGGGCUCGCUGCAGCGGCCGAAGAAGGUUGCGAUCCUCGGCUCGGACGGCGUCAAGUACGACUUCCUCUGCAAGCCAAAGGACGACCUACGCAAGGACGCGCGGAUGAUGGACUUCAUGACGACCGUCAACCGGCUGCUGCAAAAGUCGAGCAAUUGCCGCCGCCGCCGGCUCGCCGUGCAGUGCUACGCGGUCACGCCGAUCGACACAGAGUGCGGGCUGAUCGAGUGGGUGCCUCACAUGGUGCAGCUGCGCUCCGUCAUCAAGGGGUACUGGGACGUGCUCAAGAUGGGCUUCUCGCACUCGGCCAUCAAGGCGCGCCGCCGCAGUCCUCUCUCGCGCCAGGAGGAAGCAGCGCGCUACAACCCCGUCGCGCAGCAGCAGGGCAGCCGGCGGCGGCAGGGCCUCGCCGAGCUGAUCCGGCAGCUGAUGGGCGAGCUACCGCCGGUGCUGCAGCACUGGUUUGUCGAGAAGUUUGGCGAGCCGUCCUCGUGGUUCGAGGCGCGGCUCGCCUUCACGCGCUCGAUGGCGCUCAUGUCGAUGAUCGGCUUCGCCGUCGGGCUCGGCGACCGGCACCUCGAAAACAUCCUCAUCCACUCGACCAGCGGCUCGAUCAUGCACGUGCCCUUCCGCCUCACGCAGAACCUCGUGCACGCGAUGGGCAUGUCGGGCGCCGAGGGCGUCUUCCAGCGCGUCUCGGAGCCCGCGUUCGAGCCGCCGCUGUCCUCGUUGACGACGUGUCCAGGACACGCGCUGCUCAACGUGCUCUCAACGAUGCGGCACGACCCGCUCGUCGAGUGGCGGCGCCGCAACGCCAAGGAGGACGCGAGCGGGCGGAGCAACUCGGAGGAGGCCGAGAAGGAGCUCGCCAAGAUCGACCUCAAGCUGCGCGGCGUGCUGCAGGCGCACGGCACGAUGCCGCUCUCGGUGCAGGGGCAGGUGCAGCACCUGAUCAACGACGCGACCAACAUCUACAACCUCUCGCAGAUGUACGUCUGGUGGAUGCCGUGGUGCUGACGCCCUCGCGCGUUCUGUGCUUCUCUUCUUGUGCACACGGGCGGGUGUGACGCCCCCGGGCGCCUGCUCCGGCCCCAUGCAGCUGUCCGGCCCUCGCUCUCGGCUCUCAGAGCCCUCGGCUCUGGGGCCCGUCCAGCGUCCUCCGGACCGGAGACUGAGACAGACUGAGUACACGCGGUACUGUCGGCACGGAUUUCCUCCAGUGCAGAGCGGUGGGCAUAUUGUGGUGUCUCGUACGUGGGUCGGCGUGCGGGGGGCGCGUGCGCGCGGUCUGGAAGCGGGGUCGGCAUGUUAUCAUCAUGUUUUGUUUGUGUGUAUAUACGGGCUGUUGU